GGAUUUUCUUCUUUUCCUCAAAAACUACAGUUUAAUAUAAAAGACAUUUAAUAUAAUAUGGAAGAGAUUGGGAUCCACUCUAAACCAGAGGUUAAAGAUUCCACUGCUAUUCUUUCCAAAGUCGGUCAACUUGAAGAUUUAUCGGAAGGAGAUUUGUAUGUUAAAUUGAAGAAACUUCAACGAGAUUUAGAAUUCAUUGAACUCCAAGAGGAAUAUAUUAAAGAUGAGCAAAAGAAUUUAAAGAGAGAGCUUGUAAGAGCACAAGAGGAAGUUAAACGUAUCAAGUCUGUACCUUUGGUUCUUGGACAAUUUCUUGAACCUAUUGAUCAACACACUGGUAUCGUAGGCUCUACCACUGGCUCAAAUUACGUCGUCCGUAUUCUUAGUACAAUCGACCGUGAAUUAUUGAAGCCUAGUUCUUCCGUUGCUUUACAUCGUCACUCCAACGCUCUUGUUGAUGUUUUACCCCCAGAGGCUGAUAGCAGUAUCUCUCUCUUGGGUUCUGAUGAAAGACCUGAUGUUGCAUACGCUGAUGUUGGUGGUUUGGAUAUUCAGAAACAAGAAAUUCGCGAAGCUGUAGAAUUACCCCUUACUCAUUUCGAUCUUUAUCGUCAAAUCGGUAUUGAUCCUCCCAGAGGUGUUCUUUUAUAUGGUCCACCAGGUACGGGUAAGACUAUGCUUGUUAAAGCUGUUGCACAUCAUACAACUGCUAGUUUUAUUCGUGUGGUUGGCUCAGAAUUCGUACAAAAAUACCUUGGUGAAGGUCCUCGUAUGGUGCGUGAUGUGUUUAGAUUAGCUCGUGAAAACUCUCCAUCGAUUGUCUUUAUUGAUGAAAUUGAUGCUAUUGCCACAAAACGUUUUGAUGCCCAAACUGGUGCUGAUAGAGAAGUGCAACGUAUUUUACUUGAAUUGCUCAAUCAAAUGGAUGGUUUCGAUCAAUCUUCGAACGUAAAGGUCAUUAUGGCUACAAAUCGUGCUGAUACCUUAGAUCCUGCCUUGUUACGUCCUGGACGUCUUGAUAGAAAGAUCGAAUUCCCUACACCUGAUCGUCGUCAAAAGCGUCUAAUUUUCCAAACAAUUACAUCAAAGAUGAAUUUAUCUGAAGAAGUCGAUUUAGAAGAUUUUGUUUCACGACCUGACAAGUUGUCUGGUGCUGAAAUCGCCGCGAUCUGUCAAGAAGCUGGUAUGCAUGCCGUUAGAAAGAACCGUUACGUCAUUUUGAGUAAAGAUUUGGAGAAGGGUUACAAGGCUAAUGUCAAGAAAGAAGACUCCAACUUCGAAUUCUACAAGUAAAAGGGAAAAAAAGCGAAUGAAAAUUAAGACAAUAAAAAAAUUAAAUAAAAAAAUUAAAAAAAUACCAUUGACUUGUACAAAAA